GGGUUUCUUCUGUCGUCAAAAGCUUUCUGUGGGUUUUGCUCCUCAACUCAUUUCUAACGACAUGACUGCUCAGACCCAGGAAGAGCUUCUCGCCGCUCAGCUAGAGGAGCAAAAGAUUAAUUCUGAUGAACCUGUAAUUGAAGAGGAGGACGAUGACGAUGAUGAUGAAGAAGACGAUGACAAAGAUGAGGAUGAUGCUGAAGGGCAUGGAGAGGCCAGUGGCAGGUCUAGGCAAAGCAGAAGUGAAAAAAAGAGUCGCAAAGCCAUGUUGAAACUAGGAAUGAAGCCAAUUCCUGGUGUGAGCCGCGUCACGAUCAAGAAGAGCAAGAAUAUUCUUUUUGUCAUUUCAAAACCAGAUGUUUUCAAGAGUCCUACUUCAGAUACCUACAUUAUCUUUGGGGAAGCCAAGAUUGAAGAUUUGAGCUCCCAACUACAAACCCAAGCUGCAGAACAGUUCAAGGCACCUAAUUUGAGUAACUUGACAUCAAAGCCUGAGCCAUCAACCGUGGUUCAAGAUGACGAAGUUGUCGAUGAGGAUGGGGUCGAACCCAAGGACAUUGAACUGGUGAUGACUCAAGCUGGUGUGUCGAGACCAAAGGCCGUGAAAGCACUCAAAGCAGCCGAUGGCGAUAUCGUAUCUGCUAUAAUGGAACUUACAAAUUAAUGAGUAUGAGGUCAGUGUUUUUUUAAUAUGGAGUGUUGAAAUCAUUUUGCCUUGUUUUCCCAUAUGUUGUACCCGCAAAAUUUGAAGUUGAGAGAUUGAAUGAUUCUGUAAACUUUCAUAUCAGUUUUAUGUUACAUUAAAGCUUGCGGCGGUUCUAAUACUAUGUGCCUUCUGAUA